AUGGCUACUGCAGUGCCAUCACCCCUGGCCUCUUCUGUGGAGAAAACAAAUGGAGCCAAGCUCAUCGGAUUACUCAUUGAUGGUGGGACAUUCGCUUUGAAGAAGACGUUUGAUCGUUAUCACCCACCCAAUCGCUUGGUCCAAGAUCUUAACACCAAUUAUUCCAUCCUUGAAAAUCUUUUCUAUGAAAAGAUUCUGGAUGGCCAUCAGUGGGACAAAUUAUUCCCGCCUAGUGGAGUAGCACCAGACUCCAACACUUUUGACAUCACUCUUCUUUUCCUUUUGCUGACUACGAUUUGUGGUCUGCGUGCUCCACGUUCUGGGUGGCACAAUAAACCAAACCCGAGGAACAAAUCCCUCGAGGCCAAUAUUGCCCGCAUAAAAUUCUACCGCAAUAAGCUCAGUCAUAUAACAACAACUGGCGUUGAUACAGGAGAAUUUUCUUCUCUCUGGGAAGAAAUUAGUGCCCCUCUUUUGGCUCUGGGCUUAGACCAGGGAGAAAUUGAUAAAUUAAAACAAGCGAAAAGUGGCGAGAAAAAUUAUCUUCAAGGUUUACGUGACUGGGUUGACAGCGAUGAGAAAGUGAAAUCACAGCUGAAGAACUUAAGUCAAGGGGUUGAAAAGAUACAAAAGACAAUGGAAGAAGUACAACAGACCCAGACUAAAAUGCAGCUAACAGUUGGUGAAGUACGAGAAACUCAGGUGGACAAUCAUAAAACGUUGCAGGAAAUACAACAGUCUCAGUCUCAAACCAACCUGGCCGUGGAAGAGAUACAUUUGAAGAACACGGAAGAACGGGGAAAACGUCAAGAUGGUUUAGACAAGGUGAUCGAAAAUGUACAACAAACUCACAGCAAAAUGGUUGACUUUGGAGCAAGGACCCAGGAACAGUAUAACGUGUUAACAGAAGGUAUUAAAGAAGUAAAGAAAACAGUUGACGCUUUUAAAGAAGGAAGAGACAAGGAAACAGAUGAUAAAGUCCUGCGAAAUCUUGUCAAGUCUGAAUUCAGAGGAGACAUUGAGUAUUAUGUGCAAAGAUUUCAAGCAGGGACACGUGAGUGGGUAUUUGACAGAGUUCAGAACUGGCUGGAUGACGGAAGCUCUCAAAAUCGUGUGAUGGUGAUCACUGGAAAUGCAGGGAUGGGAAAAUCUGUCAUCUCAGCCGUGAUUUGCAAGCGAAUGCAAGAGACUGGCAGACUAUCGGGAAGUCACUUUUGUCAGUAUAACAAUGUACGCUACUGUAAGCCUCACUUGAUGAUUCAGUCACUUGCCUGUCAAUUGUCCUAUGUCCUGCCAGAGUACAAGCGAGCACUUGUGGAACAGCUAUCAAGAAACCUGGGAACAGAUCUCAACAACAUGGGUGUGGAGGAGUUGUUUGCACUGAUUUUCAAGGAACCUCUUAGUGCUGUAGGUGAUCCAGGAAGAAACAUGCUCAUGGUGAUAGAUGGUUUGGAUGAAAGCGAAUAUCAAGGACGGAAUAAGCUUCUUGAUGUGAUUGCAGAUCAGUUUUGUAAGCUUCCUAGUUGGAUUCGUUUUGUUGUCACGACGCGUCCAGCCUUAAACAUUGCAGAGAAACUAAAACAUUUGAAGCCGGUUGAAAUUAAAUCUAAUGAUGAACAGAAUCUAGAAGACGUUAGAGUGUUUUGUCUGAAAAGACUACAACUCGUGGUCAAACGAGAGAAUGUAGGCGUGUUUGUACAAAAAUUAGUUUCGAAAUCUGAAGGACUGAUGCUGUACGCCCAUUUUCUCUUAUUGUCGAUUACUGAAAAUGCAUCAAUUUUGAACGAGGGAGACCUUGUUGGCAGUUUACCCUCAGGAAUUUCUUCAGUCUAUCAUUCCUAUUUCAAACGAUUGGAACGUGAACUCUUGGAGGAACUUGACGUAAAGGAAGAACAUUUCCUGAAUCUGCUAUCUGCCAUUACCGCUUCAAGAGAACCCUUGCCAGUAGGUUUUGUUUCUAAAGUAUUAGUGCAAAGUACCAAUUCACCACUCACAAGACGUAAAGUACUAAGAAUCUUGGAUAGUGUUUCUGUACUUCUUCCCAUCCGGGAUGAGUGUCUUACUGUCAUUCACAAGUCAGUUCAAGACUGGUUAACAGACAUUUCAAGUUAUGGGGAGCAUGAAUUCAUUGUGGAUGAAAGUGAGGGACACCGUAUACUAGCAGCCUUGUGUAUUGACGAACUUGAAAAUGUGAAACGGAAAGGUAUACAUUACGAACGAUUUAGCGCCACUGAGAGGUACGCGCUGUAUCAUGGUGUGCAUCACAUGCUACACGAAGGCAUCAAGAGAGAGCCACAUAAGCUGGACGAACUGACAAAGGCCUACAUUAUGGAUUUAGAAAUCGUGUAUGCCAAGACCUUCGUGAACAGCACAAUAGCGGCUGAAGACCUUCUGUGGCUUAAAAACAAGGGGAUUUUUACAUUGUUAUCAAAAGAUAACCAAAAUAUUCUGAAAACCUUGUUGUUUCUCUUGAGAAAGAACCUCCGUUUACUGACGGAUACCCCUCGCAGGUUUCUUCAAAUCAUACUUAACCAAGGAGGAAAAGUGUUGAGUGUUGACGCGUCGAAUCAUUUGCGAAAGAAGUAUCCUGAAAUACCAUAUAUGGAGGUUGUUCACAAGGAGAUGCAACGGGCAGGUGUUCUAGCCCGAUUUGAAUGUUCAUCUACCGUGAUCUGUUUGGACGUUUCUCCACAGUUGGAUUAUAUGGUGUGUGAAUGUAGCGACGGAAUGCUGCCGCUAUGGUCACUCGAGACUGGCAGGCUAGUGUGGACACGUCCAGUCGUAGUAGAGAAGAGUUUCAGGAAGAUCGGGAAUUCCACUGUGUUUAGAAAAUUACCUUCUGUAGACGCGUUGUCAUUAUUCCGUUCUGUUGUUUUCCACCCUACAAAGGAAUGUAUUUUACCUGGGAUUCUAAGUCAGGCCUAUACUAUGGACGGAGACUUGAAACCACUCUUUCCCAGAAGUAACUGUAGAUUCUCAGUUUGCUCUAUUUCAGGCGACAAGACCAAGAUUCUAACUAAUUGUCUUGAGAGUUCUAAAAGCCUUGUUUUGUGGAGUUUGGAAAAUGGCUCAGAGGUUGAUCGAAUUCUCGCAGAUGAAGACAUUUUAUCUUUUGCAUGGUCUGGUGAUGGAAGGCUUCUUGCAAUUUCACAUUCUUCGGGAGUGAUUAGUUUAUAUGAUGUGAUGUGUAAUUUCAGAAAACUAACACAAAUGGAUACCCCAGAUGUAUUUGGCAUGGUAAAGUUUUCACCUGAUCAUCGAUUCAUUUUGUGUUGGGCUGUAACAGACGUAGUUCGCACCCGCUUUUUUAGCAUCAAGGUUGUAAAGGACGUCCACAACACUGCAUUUUGUUCAACAAAUGUGUUUUAUGAUUACGAAAAUUUUGAUCCUUUUAAUGAUUGUGGAUUUUUGUUUGGCGAUCUUAUUCCCAAAGAAAGGCAUCUGCAUCAGACGAUGUUUGUUCUUGACAAACGUCUGUUACGGUCCUCUGGGGGUGCAAUAGAAAUGGAGGAUACUAAAGACAUAAAGGAAAGUUAUCAAGGCGUAUCUCCUGGAGCUAAAGGGAUAGCAGUCAGUUUGGAUGCUCAAACCGUGUUUGUUGCAAGUGAGACAUCAGUCACUGCUUAUGAGGUGUCGAGUGGGAAGCUUAAAGCUGAGAUAAACUGCGGGCUUAAACUGUACCGUCCUUUGUGUCCUGUUAGAGGUGGAGUCCUAAUCUUAACGAAUGAAAGCACUGUUGAGUUGUGGAGUGGUAACCUCGCUAAACGAAUCAAAAGGUGGACCAACUUGCUCUUAGUCAAACAAGUGAUCCCUGUAUCAGAGGAACGAGUAGCUGUCGUAAGCGUGGGUGAUGUGAAAGUCCUAGAUACCAUCAGUGGAAAAGUUGUAUUAACAAUCCCAGUUUUACAAGGAAGAGUUCUAACCUGCAACAGUAAAUGUCAGCUGUUAUAUAUAAUUAAAGAAGCAAUUAAGUUUCUUCGUCCUGAUCCUCCUUGCUCUCUUCAGCUUUUGGAUGGCAAAACUGUUGUUUGGAGAAAGGAAGUCAUUGAAAGGUACCUUGUUUACGAGGUUGUGGCUUUCUCACCUACGGAACACUUCCUUGUUGUUGGCACGACUGAAGGCGUCUUAGUCUUGGAUGCCGAAACAGGAAAUACGCUUCGUACUUUACGUCCAUCGACAUUUUCCCACUUUUGGCAUUUUACGUUUAUCAGUGACGACAGAUGUGUUGCUAUUUCUAAUUCUGAUUUGACUAUUCAGCUGUUAAAUGUAAAAUCUGGUGAACUUGUAACUGCAAUUGAUGUGGAAAGUAACGUGUCCUGUUUAGCAGCCUGUCCCUUCAAUCGUGUUCUCGCCAUCGGCCUGGACUCAACACCUAACUUCAGAGUUAUCAGGGUGCAUUUGCCGCGAGGCGACGAUAUUGAAAACGGCAAAAGGUGAGAUGUAAUAACUUUAACAGCAGUCAGUUUUAUAGUCCACUUUUUAUGUUUUAAGACUUGCUGUAAAAUGUUACUGAUGUAUUUUUCGUUAUAUUUUUUUCCCUAAUUAAGUCCAACACAGCUGCAAUAAUAAUUUUUUAUGAUGGCCUUGCUAAACUAAGUAAUAAUCCUGAUCACGAUUUAAGUUCUUUUUAGGUUCUUUUCAGUUCUUUUAACUGUUCAUCUGACCACGGGAAUAGAUGUCAAAUAGAGAAAUGAUUAUCAAAGUUUUGCAACAAGAUUAAGCAACUGCCAAGAGAAGGUUGAAGAUAAAUAAGGGCUUUGCAAUUUUCUUGCCCAUCACAUCAGCGUUGAUUGGUGCGUUAAUCUUAAUAACUGACGCUACUUGGAAAAUUACUUAGAUUUCAUAACGGGCCGAGAAUUUUGAAAGAGUAUUUGAAAACAUAGAAAGAAUAUCCAGCUCACCUUCAUUCCACUUUCUCUUUGUUCCUAACCGCCAGUUGAAAGCAUUUUCAUCUUCAUUCACUACAUGGAAGAGUCUUACGCCUCUCGUGUUUUUUAUGAACAUAAUAUAAUUUUUUAUGUCAUUCAUUUGUUUUACACAGCUAACAUAGAUAUGAUUUUCUUUACAAUUGCGGCGGCCAUAAUUAAUUUAGUAGUAUUUAUUGCGAUCCUUAUAAUGCUGUAGGAAACGUUGCCUCAAGUUUCGGCCCACCUUCAAUUACGGGUGAAUUGCGACUCCACAGAAAUGAUGGCAAUUCUCGUAGCAUAUAAUUUUGGAGAGCAAGAUGAAUUCACUUUUGCCGUUUUAUUUACAGCCGUUAGUCUGCUGUAAAACAGGUUAGGAUGUAUAGCCGAGUGUUGAUCUUACGUACCUCAAACGCGUGCGAAGGAGCAUUACGAUUUGUUUAUUCUUCCACUUACAUGUACGCAUCCGACGGCUAAUCCGCCAGAUAAUCGUGUUUUCACUAUUUUGUAAAGGAAGGAGCAUAAGAGGAGUCUGAAGAAAAUGGAAACGUUCUGAUUCUCGCCUCUCCAUUUCCGUUGAGCCUACAACAACGAUUUUCUUCUAUUUUUCUUAAAUCAUUAGCGCUUUUAGGAGUCCGAUUCCGUCGGAAAUGAGUAGAAGGGGAAAGUGGUUCUCGCUCGCUUUCUGUGGUUUCUUUUCUGCGCCCGCCACGUAAAACUGAAAGGGACAUUUGCGAGAAGGAGCUCCGUCAGUGAGAAAAAUGUACGCUUGUAAAUCCGACGUGUCCAAAGGAGUAAUGGCCGGUGCGCAAAAUCCUCUUUCUUUACCUACUCAGGCGGAAUGAUGAAACGGAAAACUUGAUUUCAAUUGUUAACAAUAUUUUUUUUAAUUUGUACGCAGACCCUGUGAGGCCACGAUGAGAAAGAUCGACAGAACAGAUCUGCCACAGCAAGUAUGUGUCCCUUAGUAGGUUAAGGAAUAAACCAGAAACAUUUAAGAUUGACUGAGUGAUUAAUCGCUUGUUUGUGUUAGAUACACCUUAAAGCGAUUGUGUUUCUAAGUUAGCAUUAAAAAGUUCCCCUGUUAUAAUUUUUAUUCUUGGUUUACAUAUCUGCCUGAAUGUGCAAAAAGGUACCUCCAGGAUCUUUUAGCAAAAGUAUCAUUUUCCAUCAUUCUCUCCGUGUCAUAAAACACUAUUACAUUUGAAAUCACCGCGCGCGGUAGAAGUUGUUUUCCGUGGUCGGUUAAUUUUCUAGGUUUCUUUCUGGCCGCCUGCAGCAAAGUUUUCCGGAACUCAUCAUUACGCCUUAUGAAGGAACAAGUCUCACGAUUGGCAAAGUCUGCCGUUGUCCAAUAUGUUACCGUAUUUCGUCUCAUUUUGGCUAAACGGGUGAAACAGUGAUCUCGGGCUUGAGAUAGAAAGGCAUCAUAUUGCGAGCUUUGAUGUGGGCGGUAACGAGUCUCUAGCCUCAAAAAGUAGUUUGUAGGAGUCAGAACUAUUCGGCGAGACCAAAAUUGAUGCAUAUUUCUGACCAGAAGGGCGGCCUCUAUGUGUCCCUUUCAAAACGGCUAGUCUACAUCCGGGAUCUUGAAUACAUUGAGGAAGUCAGGAAAGUUUACAUGUGAUGAUUUAUGCGGAGAAAGCGAGAGAAAUUUGAUGACAUUUCGCCCGUAUUAAAGCUCUGAAACAUUGUGCCUGGUUAGUUGUGAACAGUUUUAUCAGUGCCGCAAACGUGGUUAAUUGUGUGAUUUCCUGAAGUUGUUGACAGACAGAAUUCAGGCAUGUCGUGGUGCUCAUGUUCAAAGAAUAUUGUGUACAAGCAUGAAAACGAUUCGUGAGUAUUUAGUUGAAGUGAUUUUGUCUAAGACAACCGAUUCUGGGCUCAAGAAAGGUAAAUUGUAGGUCUGUUUUAGUCGGGCAUCUGGCUGUGAGCCUCAUAGUUUGAAAGACUGAAUGGUCACAAUUUCCCUGUGCUUUUAAAUAUUGUUCAUUUCGAUACAGAUCUGUUGCUUUUGCCAAAAGCGACUUUUCGUGUGUUUUCAGCGAUUAAUUUGUUCUUUUUAAGCCCUAACUAGCGACUUUCAACUGUUUUUUAUUCAUCACAAGGGUCAAAUUGUUAAAACGCACUUGAAAUUUCUGUAGAUACCUUUUCAUUAGACAGAUAUAUAUAUAUAUAUAUAUAUUUACUAUUAACUAUUCUUAUUUCUUGUGCUUGUGCUUAUGCUUAUGUCGCCUCACUUUUCAUUUCCUUACACAUGUAGUUGUGCUUAAUAAGCUUAUGCUUAUGCGCUAGUGAAAACCAGGUUUAACAUUUGAAAUUAGCCAUUUUUACGUGGUGAUCGUACAGUGAUGGCAACGAAAUGUACAAAAUAGUGUGCUGCACGCGCAAAAUUUUUGUUUGCUUAUUAAACCACAGGCGGCCCAGACGUAGUAUGUGUCACUGAAUGAAUAUAUUAAUAUCCACAUGGACAAAUUAAUGCGAUGAGUCGUCGAAACUCCCAUGGACUAAAAUAGUCUAAAAGUCAAAAUAUAACAAAACAAAGCUAAGAUACCUUCAACUGAACGUAUCCUUGUCUUUCCUGGCCGGUUUAAGUGGCAUUUUGUUGAGUUUUGAAAUUGUAGGUACUAUCCACUAAAGAAGAAUUAAAGGCUGGCUACAAAACAAACAGACCAUCUCCACGCGCCUUCACACGAAGCGCUAUAAAUUCGAGAAUAAUCGACGAAUCCGCUCCAAAUAACCAUCGGCUAAUCUGCAGGUAACGUGUGCUCCUGCUUCUGGCUCGCUUGCUCCACAAAACCCAUCACAACUGCACAAUAAUUGCUCGCUCAUCAACAACCACUGUUGACCUUUACGCUUCGAUAUGACCGCAUACGACCAGGUUUAAUACGCGACGUGAAUAUUCAAGCUUAGCGACCGCGUUCGCGCAACAAUGCAGCACUUGCUAUGGGAGGGAUGGUACUAUUGCUUCCAGGUCAAUCAAUCGGGAAAAUAAUAUUGAUGCCCUUGUCAUUUUUUAAAAAGAUCCAAUUUGCCCAAGGAGCACCGAACAGAUACGAAUCUUAUAGCGGAGCUAAAAAAAAUGAGCGGCAGUGGAAAAAGUGAAUAAGAACAUGUACCACAUUUUCUCCAUAAAAAGUGAAAACCAGGAAGUUUUCUGGACGUUUCACGUUGCAGUCAUGCAAAUCAACGGCAAGGAAAUGUACAAGAAAGUGUGCUGCAAUUAGACCUAUUGUUGUUUUUCACAGUUCUGGUCAAGGGCAUCCAACUUUUAAUUUUUCACAUUUCACUCACCGGGUUAGGCUAUUUUUCUUAGAGAGUAAAAUGGAAUCCUAAAAUUUUCGGAUUCAAAAAUGUGAUGAAAGAAGGUAUCUGAAAAAUUAUCUCCUUCGUAAUACGUUAAAUUGCAUCUAAAAUUUUCGGGAAAAUAAUUCUGAAUUCCUCGUAAUUUCGAAAAGACUCAAGUUCCUCUAGAAUGGCCGAACACUGAGAUGCAAAUUUUAUAGCGCCACUUAGAAUGCAUUUCUAUAGAGCUAAAAGUACUUUAUGAAUAGCUACAGAAGUGUUUUCAAUUGAAAGUAUUUGAGGAAACAGUCGUUGGGUGGCCCUGUCUCGUUGCCUUCUCCGCUUAGCAUUACACGAUAUAUUUUAUAUUUAGUAUGAGCAAACUAUAAAUCAUUAGCUUCGCUUUUAGCCCUCCUGACUAAAUUUAUGUAAGCGCUGUUUAGAAUACAUUUUUCGAUCAAAAGUACUCUGGACAGCCUUAAAUGUGUUUUCAAUGCAUUUAGGGGGAAAUCAUCGUUGGGUGCCCCUGAGUUUUGAGAAUAAUAAUAAUAAUAAAAAAAGAUAUCGCGCACAUAAAUUUUACCUUACGAUAUCUUCAGCUGUAUCUUCUAUUCAGCUGCAUAGCGGGGGCCAGAUUUUGCCUUUUUCCUGGGCGGAAAAUUCUCGUCCUCCUUCACCAGUUUGGACAACAUAUUAUGGAGUAAGACGUUGUUAAUCUAAGCAAAUAAGUCUGGUAGAGUCAAGAACCUAUGCAAGCGGCUGGACGAACAAUGUGACAGCAGCUGAGACAGCGAACGUUAGAAGAAUUCGAACAUGAAAACCAGGGCUGCCCUGUUGAAAACUUACGGACGGUCCCGCGAUCGCCUUUUGUUUUCUGGUCAAAACUAACGCAGCGAACCUUCGGUCAGUCGAUUGACCUGGAAGCAAUAGUACCAUCCCUCCCAUAGCAAGUGCUGCAUUGUUGCGCGAACGCGGUCGCUAAGCUUGAAUAUUCACGUCGCGUAUUAAACCUGGUCGUUUGCGGUCAUAUCGAAGCGUAAAGGUCAACAGUGGUUGUUGAUGAGCGAGCAAUUAUUGUGCAGUUGUGAUGGGUUUUGUGGAGCAAGCGAGCCAGAAGCAGGAGCACACGUUACCUGCAGAUUAGCCGAUGGUUAUUUGGAGCGGAUUCGUCGAUUAUUCUCGAAUUUAUAGCGCUUCGUGUGAAGGCGCGUGGAGAUGGUCUGUUUGUUUUGUAGCCAGCCUUUAAUUCUUCUUUAGUGGAUAGUACCUACAAUUUCAAAACUCAACAAAAUGCCACUUAAACCGGCCAGGAAAGACAAGGAUACGUUCAGUUGAAGGUAUCUUAGCUUUGUUUUGUUAUAUUUUGACUUUUAGACUAUUUUAGUCCAUGGGAGUUUCGACGACUCAUCGCAUUAAUUUGUCCAUGUGGAUAUUAAUAUAUUCAUUCAGUAACACAUACUACGUCUGGGCAGCCUGUGAUUAAACCCAAACCUAGUAUUGCUUUUUUGAAGUUCUCGUUUCCGUUGUCGUUGCCGUCGCCGUCGUCGUUACUAAAGCUCCUUAUUACAUCGAUGUUUCGGGAAAAACAAAUCGGGUACAAACAUAAAACCAGAGGUUAGAAAGAAGAAAACCAGCUUGAAGAGCUAGCAAAAUAAAACAGUGGAAAUAAUGAAGUUUUAACUCUUUUCCAGGAUGACGGACACGCCAAGGACAAAGGAGGCGAAAAGCGAGGAAAAACCGACCAAGAGGUGGUAAGUAUCAUCAUUAUCAACAGUGUUGAUAAUAGACAUAAUAUAUAGAUUUAGCCAGGGCUAAAAGCGGAGCUCUGGUUAAUAAUACUUGUAAACAAAAAAAAAUUAAAUCGUGUAAUGCUAAACGGGGAGGGCAAUGAAAAUGGCAUCAAGAUCAGUAGAUCUAAUUAGCAAAAAAACAAAUUGCACGUGCAGCACACUUUUUCUUCUAAUUAGCAAAAAAACAAAUUUGCACGUGCAGCACGCUUUUUGUCUUUCUUUGCCGUUGUUUUGCACAACUACAACCCUGUUUUGUAGAACUAAAACAUCAAACUUCCUGGUUACAUAUUAUUUUUAAGGAGGAAUUGUCGUAUGUGCUUACCCAAUAAUUUGUCUCCUGUGUUCACGUUCGCUUUCAUUUUUCACUGCCGCUCAUUUUCACCUUGCUGGCCACUAGCAUUUCUCAUUUACUCACAGCCGCUUUGAAUUUUCAUGUUUUUCUUCCUACAAAAUUUGUCUCUUUUUGUUUUCAAUCACUCGCUCUAGCUCUUUCUCUCAAAUAACGUCGAAAAAGACACGACUUUGCUGCUGUUUUUUUUCUUUCUAAAAAUCCGAGCGAUCAUGCGAUUUCUUUCCAAAUAAAACCUUGAGUUGAAGUUGUGUUACCAUACCUGUUGAUUAAAUCAUUUUACAUUGGUAUGCCUGUGGUGCGGACGGACGGUCGGGCGGGCGGCCGGUCGGUGUACGGUCACGUAAUUACCAAAUUUUCUCGGAUGGGUAGUUUACCACAUUUCUUUACCCAUGAUGCUCCGCUGCGCGCGCUUCGCGCGCGAGAGCUCCGCUAUUAAGGACCUUAAGACCCGAGGACGGCGACGGCAGAGAAAACGUAGCUGAAAAAGUGAAUUCGCGUUCUGUCAAUCAUCAUCACGAUUAGUCCAAGUCACUAACUUUGUAAAAUGUAGGCGAACCCUCCUAAAGUUGAAUUCCUAAGAACCAUAUCCAAGUUCAGAAAGAGAGAGGAAAUUUCGUCGUCGCUUGUGUACUUUCUCUCCAGAUCGUGAAAUUAGGCAUUUUCACGUCGUAGUCGUGCAGUGACGGCAAAGAAAUGUACAAAAAAGCGUGAUGCGCGUGUAAAAUUGUUGUUUUGCUAAUUAAACCUAUUGCUUUUGUGGCGUUCCUGUUGCCGUCGCCGUCGUCAGAUCUUAAGGUCCCUAAUAUCACCAAUGUGUUAUAAAAAAUCUAAAGUGGAACUAACAGUUUACUUACAACUAAUUUAUUUGCAACUCGUCAUUCACGAAACGUACGUUCAAUUGCAGGGUGAAGAACAGAGAGCACAUCUAAGAGAAGCAAGGCAACAAGAACGUAAGGAAGAGGUUAGCAGACUUAAAAAGUCCUACGUCUGCUUUUAAAGAAGCCAUGUCACGAUUUUUUGCCCUGUUAUGCCUAAAACCCUUAAAUUAAGCCUAAAAAGUAAUUCGUCAACGAGUGAACACUUUUUUUUUCAGGAUAGCAGAAAUUCUCAAGUUCAGAAAAGAAGAUUGUAAGUCUUUAGCAGAAAGGUUUUGUAUUGUUUGGUCUUUGUAAUUUUGUAGUUUUCCUCACCUGGAAUCAGCUGUUUUGGUUUGGUUUCCUAUGGUCAGAUCUUGACUUUUGGGAAACAUCAUUAUUAGGAGAAGGAAAUGUUCAAAAUCUGAUGGGUUCCUGAAGCUCUGUUUCACUUUUUUAAAAUUGUAAGGGACUAAAGACUUUUGUCUUGAUAUUGCUGUAGUUAACUUGUUUAACUGUUUCAGCGUUUUGCCAUGAUUUUGCCAGGGAGCAGGCUCCGUAUUGGGAGGGGGGCUGGAACUCAAAAACGAGUUGAAACAGCGAAAAUCGGUGAGCGAAGUGAGUCGAGUGGUAGGCUCGCCGAUUUUUUUCCCACCCUCGCUGCUGUGUUUUCGCCUAUUUCUCCACUACGGAGCUUGGUCCCAGGCUAGUCAUGAUGUAGAUAUGAGAGCGUGAGAAAUGUUUUUUUCCAAAGUUUAUGUGUAAUGUGUACAUGUUUGUUGUAUUUUCAGCUGUGUGCUUGUCUGAAGACGGCAAAAGAAGAUAGUCCACACUGUUAGUGCCCAAAUGACAGGUUGUUUACGGCGUCCAAAAUACUGUAUGACUGUAUAAUGUACUAAUUAUUAGCUAGGUUUUGGUGCAUACGCAAAGACUGUGUAAAUAAUAUCCUAUCUAUUGAACUGAAGAUGGAAUUUUUUCUAUACCAAAGUGGAAAUAUUUCUUAUGCGAACUGUAUUUUAUUGAGAAUUUAGUGGAGAGCGAAAGAAAUUUUUAAUUUUCAGUUUUCCAUUACUUCGGCGUGAAUGGAUGAAUUUCCUCUGGAGAGAAACUAAAAAGAUAAAGAGAAUUUUAGAUAGUCAUAUACAUAUAAAUUGAGUCAUUUAUUAAAUAAAAGGCCGAAAUAAAAGAAAGAGUUGUUAAUUAGUGUCUAAGAAUUUAAUGUAACCACUCACUUUAGAGUUUGCUGCCCAAAUUUUUCAACAAUUCAAUCCUUCCCCACCAACGUUAUUGAGGGGAGGAUCUAAUAUCUAGCGUGGCACGCUAGAUAUUUGCCCGCCCAAGCCGGUUGUUUUCCCAACACUAUAAACAGGGACGGCAGAACAUUGACAAGAUGUUUGAAUAGGAUCACUGUCAGGCCAUCAUUAUUUUUCUUGUCAAUAGUGUAUAUAACCACCCAAUGGUCAGUUACAAAAAACACCGAACAGAACAACCACGAUAGUCACUAUUUUCUUCGAUUAAAUCAAGAGUGAAUUAAACCUUGUGUGACAGUGAUGCUGUGCUGCGGAUUUUACAGUUUCUCUUAGGUAAAGGAAAAGGGAGGGUAAUGUUUCCGAAAAGAGGAAUGACAUUAAUAACAACUAAUUACAUCAAAUUCGCGCUUGUAAAGGGAACCAUGUUUUAGUACUGAUUAAUUUCGAAUUCCCCAUGAUACUAGCUCGGCCGUCGGAAUUCCUCCUUCCCGUUUUAACACCUGCCAUGUAGGCUACCAUAAUAUGACCUAUUUGCCUCCCGAAUGUUUCUUAUUGAUUUCCCAGGAUUCCCAGGCUGUAAACAAUAGUUUCUGCAAAAUUUGAAGGACAAACAAAGUUUAUUAUGGGGAUUUGAGAAUAGAGAAUGAGAUUGCAGUAAAAAGAAAGAUUAUUAUUUUAGCCUUCGAGAGACUUUUUAGUAGUAUUUUAUGAAAUAAUUUUUUCCUGAGGAUUUGGUCUAAGUAGGAUACGCAUUUAAUUUUGUAGAACUGGUUUCAAAAGAGAGUAUUGCCUUUAUGGAUAAAUAGUUACGAAAAAAGCUUAGGGUUCUUAAUUAGAAGGUCUAAAUAUUGCAGAAAGAGUUAUUUCCUUUCCGAAAUCAAAGUAAGCAAAAUGGUUUCUACUUUCGAUAUUGUUAUUUAAUUGUGCGAUGCAUGUUUUGCAAGUUUGUUGUCUUAUCGACACCUGCUGGGCUGGCUGCUAAUCUCGUCCCCUCCCCCCUCAGAUAAUCGCCCCCGCCCCCCCCCCACCCCCCCCGCUUCUCCAGCAUUAACGUACAACACAAAAGUUUUUCAAGAUAUAUUUUGGAUAUGUCUUAGCUUACAAGGUCUUGAUAAAAGUGUUGUGCUUGUUGCGUUUUUCUUUGGUUUUGAUAAUUACAAAGAAACUUGAAAGCAGUCGAACAAGAGGAAUGAAUUUGCACUCGUUUUGCGUGAUAGGUGGGGUGACCAUAUGCGAGAGUGGACAGGCGGGUUACCCCACCUAAGUGGGUUACCUGGCCUACCUUGGGUCUCCCACCUCCAUGUAAACAGGCCCUUAGUGUAAUAAAUCUAAACAUGCGGAUUACAUUGUAAACCAGUUUUAUGUUCGUGUCUUUAGAGACAACCAUAUUUAUUGGCUUUUUGAUUCUUCCCUCUAGAACUGAAGAGACAUUUUGGUAACAUUUUAUAAAAGAAUUCUCCUCUGACGAUCACAGCUAGCUCGGUUAUUAUUAUUAACAGUUUUAGACCUCCUUCAGCGUGGAUCAUAGUGCCUCGAAAAGAUGAAGUUAGUGCAACAUUUGCAUGUUUUAAGAUUUGAUCAAGUAUAAAAAUGCUGAGAAGCUUAUUGCAAUCGUAAUUAUAUUGUGCCUGUUGAGGAUGCGGUUAGUUCCUGGUUUAUAAAGUGAUCAGAAAAAAUUCAGUCGAUAGUUUUGGAAACUGAAAAGUAGGCUAGGUCAUUCUAGGGAUUGUUUGUAACUGAUCGAGUAAAUUAAAAUUGGCAUAGUUAAAAAAAACGUAAUUACACUGAUAACAAAGUUUAUUUCUUAGAGAAAAUUAGGUCUGGUUAAACCAGGACACUGUACUCAAUGUAUAUUUUCAUGCAACCUGAGCAUUAAACUUCCGUAGGGGAAUGUGAUAGUAAGGUUGCUUUAGUACACAGAAAGUACUAAGGAACAGUUAUGUAUCAUUUGAUGAAAGCAAAAAUCUGGUAAGUCAAGUCAAGUCGUAUUUUAUUAUGCAAUGGCUGACCUUGACUGAUAUAGGCAAGUAUAAAUUUUACAGUGUCAUUAUAAAUAUGUUUGUAAAAAGGUUUUGUAUGAUUUUUUAACGAAGAGUGGCUUUGUAAAAAUUAUUCAUUAUAAGGUAGAAUAUAAUUAUAAUAUUAGAACCUACUAAGAAAGAAUUCCAGUUCCAUAAUAAUUUUUGAAGGCUGAAAUUUGUCUUAAGCAAUUUAUCGCACCAUUUCUAUCCGUUUUUAAGGAAAAAUAUAGAAAGAAUAGUUUUUCACCGACCUUUUCUGAGUUGAUUAUUGACCGCAAAUAAUAAAUAAAUUAAAAGAGAUAUCUCUAGCAUAUUUGUUUGCAACACCUAGGCCCAGCUACUAGGCGCUGUAGCUUUGAGAAAUUAUGGAAGCUCUGGAGUGAUUAAAAUGUAAGAGUAUUGUAGAACUACUAGACUAGUAUUAUAAGGGUAAUGAUUAUCAUUAUAUAUUUCUUAUACGCAGUGGAUGAGGCAAGCAUUUCGUAACAGAAUUAAGUGAUGAGAGGGAACUGUUCGACGUUCCCUCCUCUCUCAGAUCACAUUUAAGAGAUGGUAAAAUGUUGACCUAAAGUGUUAAAGCAAUGACAGUGACGAAACGACUGAGCACAAAUUAGGGCCUACUUAGGUAGAAAAACAGCAAACAUCAAAGAGGAAAAGAUUCAGUGUUUUUUUCGAAGAGCUUCUCAUAAAUGAGUCCUAUUCAAUUGUCCAGAUAAAAGCGACACUCCAGUUACAGAAUCCGGCUAUGAACAAAAUCCCUGACACGAAGCACCUAACCAUGUGUACCAUAACAUCAGCUUGUGGAACAUACAGUUACCAUUGGCAAAUUGUUAACAAAGGCUCAAAUCCCCAAGAUUAUAUUCUCAGUUAUAUCUUUGGUUUACUUAACAGUUCUUUCUUCUUGACAAGAAGAACGACAACCAUAAGACGUAUCUUUAGCAUCCAGUCGUUACAAUGGAAGAAUGCAUCAAAACAGUUUUAUUGAAAGCAUUCAAGGAUCACUGGUUUAACAAGGAGUACAAUCUCAACACAGAGAAAGCAGAUCCGGUAGAGCUGUUUCAGUGAUAUUACCACCAUAAAGCGGUCAUUUGAGUUUGAAGGACAGCCUUUAUGAACGUGUUGACGGUGUUGCCAUGGAUUCACUUCUGAGACUCCAGUAUGAUCUCUCAUGCAUUCAUGUGUACAGUCGCAAGACUACGUAUUUAGUCAUAUGUACAAUUUACGAAGCGCCAGCGAGCUGCAUCAAUAAAAUAAUAACUACUCUCGGCGCUUGCCUUCCAAAUACAACGUAGCAAAAGUUUGUCUGGUACGAUCGUUCAUUCGUGUGUCUUUGUCUUACAGCCAGAAUGCUGUGACGCAGGAGCUCCUGUGUGACGUCAUAGUGUCCUCGGCUGUGUAGCGAGCGAACUCCAUCAAUAAAAUAAUAAUUAUACUGUCGGCGUUUGCCUUCCAAUUACAACGUACCAAAAAUAUGUCAGGUUCGAUUAUUAGUGUAUUUUACAUGUGUGACGUAGGAGCUCCUGUGUCACGUCAUAGGGUGCGAUCCUUUGGAAUGAUCCGGAUCAGAAUCGAUCAUGGUAGAUCAAAUGAACCGAUGAAUCCACUCUGGACAAGGAUUUAUCGGUUCAUUUGAUCUACCAUGAUCUGAGUGAUCUCGGGUCACUGAUCCUUGAUCUGGUGCAUUAAAAUUUAAGAAAACGUUAUCAAAUAAAGUGAGUCAAAGUACCGUGGUAUAUUUUUACUGGUUUUGCGUGUUGUUUGAACUCAACUGAAGGCGGUUGAAUAUAAUAAUCGAAAAAUUUAUCCUACACAAAUUAUAAGAUAGCCUGACAAUGUAGGUAGAAUCCCCUUAAGUCUAAAAUAAGGUUUUUAGCUAAUAUUCCACAUUCUCAGAGUCCAUCAAUAUACGCCAUUCCCUAUUUCGUUUGCAAGGAUUCUGGGUGAAACCUAGUCCUUUGCUCAGCUCAGUCUUUACCAAGUAGGGAGAUCAGAGGGGUGGAACGGCGGUCAGGUGUUGUUCGUGUUGUUUGUGGUUUGUUAGUACAUUUCCUUUGCAAGUCUGUUCAGUGCGAGUGAAACAUCAUAAAAAGGUUAGUUCACCAAACGUUUAGUUUGCUUUAUUUUGGGAUACAGUCCUUAAUUUUGUUCCAAGAAAACAGAUAUUAAUAUGAAAGAGGUACGUGUUCAAGAACUUCCGCUUUUAAAAUACUAUCAGAUUAUUUUCUGGUUUUAUUGCAAUUCCUUCGGUUAAAAAAAAAUACAAAAUUAUGUCAUCGCAUAGUUUACAUGUAAUCUCUAUCUACAAAUUUUAACCUUCGUGCUGCGUAAAGGUGUGUAUUUCAAACAAGGUCUCCCCUCCAUUAAUUUUAUUCCGCCAUUAACUGCUCUUGUAUAAGUGCAUUGUUCAUCAACACUUUCUAAAGUGUUACAACUAUUACAAUUUUGCCCCGGCUCAAUGUUUUAAAGUGGAGAAUAAGUUCAUCUUAGCCAAGCGUUCAUCAGUAAAGGGUUGUGAAAUAUUAGUGACGACUCUGUUUUGGACAGACAAUAGAUGUAGGGUCUAAUUUACAUAUACAGGCAACAUUAGUUUGGCAUGGAUGGGUCCUUGUAAAAUGAAGAGUCUAAUAUACUUGACGAUAAUAGUUUGUUUCAAAAAGGAGGUUUUACGGUUCGGCGCAUGUGUAAGCCAUGACAUUAUUUCAUUUGUUUUAAACCUUGGAAGCAAGUUACUAGAUUUCAUUUCUGAUAAAUACUCAAUUCGUAGCUGAUAACCGAUCAAUACACACAUCACUAAAGAAGACAAAUUCGUGCUGCCAUUAACCACAUUUCAUGUUUCAUUCCUGUCGCGUUCUGAAAUGAACCCAACAAAUUAGCUUGCUCUCAAUGUAUGGGUCUUCAUAGCUCAAGCAGUAGAGCACACUAAUACUACGGUUCAACACAAUACACAAUACGCAAUACUAGGCGAAAGUUACCUGGCAUCGACGAAUACUUUUUGGAAACGUCAUUGCUACAUUACAUAAUACGUAACACCUGGCAAACGCUACUUGGAGUUAAGAAAUAAAACCUGCUGCCCCUUUUUAUAGAAGUACCCAAAUUGGAAUUUGUUUAAAAAUAAAAUUUUAUGUUAGAUGGAUGUCAUUACCACUGCCUGCAACAGUUUUUGUUUUGAAAAUAUAUUUAAACACCUGAUAAAAACUACUUUGGUCAUGCUUUAAUUAAGAAGGCCCCGAUUUUUUUUCUUGACGCAUUACGACUCGUUUUCAAAGUGUUGCUGCAUGCUUAAGUUUCAAAUGAGUUAAACUUAAAACGAAACCAGCUUUGAUACUUUUGGUAUCAAAUACAUCGCUGUCUGUUUUCCCCCUUUUUUGCAAUUGCUUCACCAAGUACAACUGUUCAUGCUGAAAACUGUAUCUUAAAUUUGUGAAUAUGUUGUGGUUCAAAAUUAUCCUUGCUGUAAUUUUUAAUUUAAAUUUUUCGGCACUCUUUAACAGACACAACCAUACUCAAAUGAUGGAAAGUCACCGCAGGAACGAAAAAGAAAUAGUUCAAAGCUGUGCUAGACUGAAUUGCUUGGAAUAUUUCAUGUUGGUUUCAAACUGAUAAUAACACUUUAUAAUUUAUUUAACGAGGGUAACAUCAAUUACUGAUGACUCAGUAGUAUACAUAAUGGCCCUCCCUAAGCUAAAAGAAUAAUUAUUAAUAAAAGAAUUAAUAAGUAUAGUUAUUAUUCAUUCAAAAUAUUUCCCCGAUUCUGAUUGGCUAAAAGCACACGCAUAAUUCACAAUAACCAGUUUCUGAUGACCAAAUUUGGAAGUAUUUUGUGUUUAACCAGGAAAUGACGUCAAAAAUGCAGCGUUCGUGCAGGUUAAGGCACCGUUAACCGAGAAGACCUGGGGACGAGGUUGAGUUGUUUUGGUUGUCGAAACAAAAAAUGGCGGACAUUUCACUCAUUUCAAGAGUAAGAACUAGGCGAAAAAAUAGCUAAAAACAUGGCAAGAACAGCAAGAAGACAACUCGAAGGGCGACAUCUACUAUUUGGAGAAUAUUUGCGGAGCUGGACAAACCUAAACGUGCUUAAAAAAAAGGUUAAAGGUUAAAGGCAUGUUUAUAGUGGAAAGUGCACUUAGCUUGUCCAGCUAAUUUACAGGCACUCCAUUCAAAUAUUUAGAAACAAAUAAUUCAAAUACAACAUAACAGAAUUAAAAACCCCAACUGGCAAAAGGCGACCAGUUGGCUAUUUACAAGCGUGGCCGAGAAUUUGAACUCGGGACGACCGAGCACAAAUCCAGCAAGUGGCCAGAGCGGGACUCGAACCCGGGACCGCCGGAUUGCGAGUCUGACACGCUGACCACUCGGCCACGCUGCCUAUCGAAGAUGAACUUAAAGGAACAGUAUCCCGUUACUGCGCAUGCACCAAACCUUGAUUUUUGGACAGGAUGUCGCGAAAUCAAAAGAUGCGAGGAGAGUUAGAGAACCUUGAAAAAUCCGUUUGCAUCGCGCUUGGCCGGGUUCAAUACGACAAUUAAACUUCUCAGGAUUACAGAUCAGUGAUAUAUUAUUCCGGUUAAGUUUCGAUUUGGGCAAAAUCUGGAUUUUAUGGCGUUACUUUUAUUGCCGUUGGCCAGAGGACCAAAAGAUUGGAAGCACUUUCAUGCCGAUUGAAGGCUUAUUUCUUCUGCUAGCUUCCAUACAAGCUGAGAUAAUUGUGAAAGGAAUACGCAGAAAUGAAACAGUAACAAUAAAGACUGUAAGAAAGAAACCAUUGAGACAUUGAUGUGACUGAGGAGAUCUUGUGGAGGGGAGCUUCGCGGAGCAGAAUGUCUUGCAACGACACGUUAGAAAACUUUUAAAUGAAUCUCCCUACGGCCGACAAAAUCAAACAAACAUGCGCUACAUGUUUAGAAAAACUAGUGCCCUGAAAUCAUAAUAUAAUUUUUGACUAAGCUUUGUGAUGAUUCAUAGCGUUGAGAUUGCAUUUUUUUAAUGUCUUUCAAUGUUUGAGGCUAGAACGCGAGCAAAUAGAGUACUAAAGUGUGACGUCAUAAAAAUGAAAUUUCUGAAAUUAUGGGAUUUGUCAGGAUAUUCUGAAAGAACAAUGUCCAAGAGGCCUACUUGCCAAAAAUGAGCAUUUGGGGGCAAAUUGUCUCUGAGAUCGUAGCCCAGUUAUGCUUACAAAACUCCAUAGAAACCCUUUUAAAUUUCUCUCGGGUCGACCCAAAAAAAAAUUAGAAGGGUUUGUAUGGAGUUUUCUAAGUAUAACUGGGCUACGAUCUCAGAGACAAUUUGCCCCCAAAUGCUCAUUUUUGGCAAGUAGGCCUCUUGGACAUUGUUCUUUCAGAAUAUCCUGACAAAUCCCAUAAUUUCAGAAAUUUCAUUUUUAUGACGUCAUCACUUUAGUACUCUAUUAGGCAGAUAUUACUGGACUUGGCACAAUUAACCUCUGACACGAGUUUCAAAUUUGAAAAUAUGUUUUUAAAGCCAGCGAAACGAGAUUUUCGGGUCGCAAGGCGGCCCAGCUAGCGAUAAAAUCGCGAUGAGUCUUCGAACCGCGAGCCAAAUAUUUAUAUAAGACGAAAGACUUCUUCGAAAGUCUAAAAUAUUACUUGAGAAUAUAAACAACAAAUCGCCGUCGGCGGUGCGGUCCGGAAGGAAAUCUUGUCGAGUCAAUAAGACAGUUCUAUUGUCUUUUGAAGAAAAAACAGAUGACGCUCGCGCGUGCGCAUAAUCGGGACACUGUCCCUUUAACAUCGAUGGAUCGAUGGAGGUAAGCAUGUUUUAGCCAUGUUUUUAAACUAGGAAUUAUUUUGAAUGAAUAAUAAAACAAUUAUUGAAUUCGGCUUUUGUAUCAUAUGAAGAAUUAGGGUGUUAUCCGCCUCGGCUUCGACGGAUAAAGCCCUCCUCGAUCUCCAUAAUUCUUCAUAAGAUACUCAGCCUCUUUCAUUAGUUGUUAAUUAAUUUUAAAAUGUUCAGUAACAGAGUCUUUCAAUGUUGGAGGUCCCUUAAAAAGCGCUUCUGUGAAAGCGUAUCUCUAAGAGAUUGUUCAGUUUUGUUCUACAGACGAUUGGGACUGGAAUGGAAUGUUCUGAGACCUGGAAUGGAAUGUUCUGGGUCUUUGACGGGGUUCAGAACUGGCUGGAUCACAGACGCUCUCAAAACCGUGUGAUGGUGAUCAAUGGAAAUACAGGGAUGGGAAAAUCUGAUCAAACUAGAUCGGUUCCUCCACAUGUUCGUUGAAAUAGGCUUCUUUAAAGCUAAUAUUGAAUUUUUUUCUUUUUACGUGAAGGGACAUUCAGUCGACCUUUUCAUGGCUACUGCAGCACCAUCACCCCUGGCCAGUUCUGUGGAGAAGACAAAUGGAAACAAACAGUUCUCAGAAAGAUUUUUGAUGGGCAUCAUCCUCCUGCAACCUUGAUUACUGGUUUAAAUGCUAAUUAUUCCAUUCUAAACAAUCUCUCACGUCGUCGAGUCCUUAAUGGCCAUCAGUGGGAAAAACUUUUCCCACCUGGUGGAGUCGCACCAGAUUCCAAAACCUUUGACAUCACUCUUCUGUUUCUUCUUCUGACCAACAUUUGUGGACUAACCCCUCCCCAUUCAGGAUGGCACUCUAAACCACCCCCAAGUGAAACGUCUCAUGAGGCUAACCUUGCACGGGUUAAGUUUUAUCGCAAUACCUUGUAUGGUCAUGUGACAACCAUUGGUGUGGAUACACCAACUUUCUCUGCUCUGUUGACUGAAAUUAGUGGUGUUCUUGUGAGUCUUGGCCUUGAUCAGGCUGAAGUAGAUAGGCUGAAGGCAGAGAAAGGUGGAGAGCAAGAUUAUAUUGACGUGUUGAUUGACUGGGCUGAUAGUGAAGAGGAUAUUAAGUCACAGUUGAAGAACAUACAUCAGUCUCAAAGCCAAACGCAUCAAGCAGUCAAAGAUAUACAACAGGUACAAGUGAAAACUCAGAAGACAGUGGAAGACAUACAUCAGACCCAGGCCAAGACACAAAAGAGAGUAGAAGGCAUGUAUCAGAUACAUACCCAAACUCACCAAAGCGUCAAAGAAGUGAAUCAGAGUGUGGGAGAAGUUGCAACAGGUCUUGAGGAAAUAAAGGAAGCAGUUUAUAGUUUAAAAGAAGGAAACGACAAAGAUAGCGUAGAUGAGGUACUUCGAAAUCUCACCAAAUCUGAAUUCAGAGGAGACGUUGAGUAUUAUGUGCAGAGAUUUCAAGAAGGCACCCGUGAGUGGGUUUUUGACGGGGUUCAGAACUGGCUGGAUGACAGACGCUCUCAAAACCGCGUGAUGGUGAUCAGUGGAAAUGCGGGGAUGGGAAAAUCUGUCAUCUCAGCUGUGAUUUCAAAGAGAAUGCAGGAGGCUGGCAGGCUGUCAGGAAGUCACUUUUGUCAGUAUAACAAUGUACGCUACUGUAAGCCUCAGUUGAUGAUUCAGUCGCUUGCCUGUCACUUGUCCCAUACCCUGCCAGAGUACAAGCGAGCUCUUGUGGGACAGCUAUCAAGAAAUCUGGGCACAGAUCUCAACAGCAUGGGUGUGGAGGAGUUGUUUGCGUUGAUUUUCAAGGAACCUCUUUGUGCUGUAGGUGACCCAGGAAAAAACAUGCUCAUGGUGAUAGAUGGUUUGGAUGAAAGCGAAUACAAAGGAAGAAAUGAGCUUCUUGAUGUGAUUGCAAAUCAGUUUUGCAAGCUUCCUAAUUGGAUACGUUUUCUUCUCACGACGCGUCCAGUCUUAAAUAUUACAGAGAAAUUGAAGCAUUUGAAGCCAUUAGAACUGAAGUAUAAUGAUGGAAAGAAUAUUAAAGACGUCAAAGUUUUCUUUCAAAAAAAGCUGGAACACGUGGUCAAGCUAGAAAAUUUAGACGACUAUGUAAAAAGACUAGUUUUGAAGUCUGAAGGACUGAUGCUAUAUGCCCAUUUCCUCGUGUUGUUCAUAACUGAAAAUCCAUCAAUUUUCCACGAGGGAGACCUUGAUGACAGUUUACCAUUAGGAAUUUCCUCAUUUUAUCAUUCCUAUUUCAAACGUUUGGAAUGUGAACUUUGUGAGGAUUUACACAUGAACGAAGAACAUUUCCUGAACCUGCUAGCUGCUGUUGCCGCUUCAAGGGAGCCUCUGCCAGGUGGUUUUGUUUCUAAAAUGUUAGUACCAGGUACCGAUCAACCACUUGUAAGGCGUAAAGUAAUGAGAUCCUUGAGCAGUGUGUCUGCACUUCUUCCCAUCCUGGAUGAUUGUCUUCAUGUCAUUCACAAGUCAGUUAAAGACUGGUUAACAGACGUUUCAUGUUACGGGGAGCAUGAAUUCAUCGUGGAUGAAAAUGAGGGACACCGUAUACUAGCAGCCUUGUGUUCUGACGAGCUUGAAAAUCUGAAACGGAAAGGUGUACACAACAUGCAAUUUAACGCCACUGAGAGUUACGCGCUGUGUCAUGGUGCAUAUCACAUGCUACACAAAGGCGUCAAGACAGAGCCACAUAACCUGGACGAACUGACAAAGGCUUGCAUUUUAGAUUUAGAAAUCGUGUAUGCUAAGACCUGCGUUAACAGCACAAUAGCGGCUGAAGAUCUUGUGUGGCUUAAAAAGCAGGGAAUUUUUACGUUGUUAUCAAAAGAUAACCAAAGUUUUCUGGAAACCAUGUUGUUUCUGUUGAGAAAGAACCUUCGUUUACUUACAGAUACCCCUCGCAUGUUUCUUCAAAUCAUACUUAACCAAGGAGGAAAAGUGUUCAGUGUUGACGCGUCGAAUCUUCUGCAAAAAAAGUGUCCUGAAAUACCAUAUAUGGAGGUUGUUCACAAGGAGAUGCAACAAGCAGGUGUUGUAGCCCGAUUUAAAUGUUCAUCUACCGUGAUCUGUUUGGACGUCUCUCCACAGCUGGAUUAUAUGGUGUGUGAAUGUACCAACGGAAUGAUCCAGCUAUGGUCGCUCCAUACUGGGAGGCUUGUGUGGACACGUCCGGUCGUAGUAGAAAAAAACUUUAGGGCGGUCGGGUCCCUUGGAUACACUAGAAACUGGCCUUCUUUUGAUGGCUUUUCAUUAUUUCGUUCUGUUGUUUUCCACCCUACUAGGGAUUUUGUUUUACCUGGGAUUGUAAGUCAGGCCUAUAGUACUAUGAACGGAGACUUGAAACCCCUUUUUCCCGGAAGUAACUGUAAAUUCUCAGUUUGCUCUAUUUCCGGGGACAAAACCAAGAUUUUAACUAAUUGUUUUGAGAGUUCUAAAUGCCUUGUCUUGUGGAGUUUAGAAAAUGGCUCAGAGGUUGAUCGAAUCUUUGCAGAUGAAGACAUUUUGUCUUUUGCAUGGUCUGGCGAUGCAAGGCUUCUUGCAAUUUCACAUUCUCGGGGAGUGAUUAGUUUGUAUGAUGUGAUGGGUAAUUUCAGAAAACUAACACAAAUGGCUACCCCAGAAGUAUACGGCAUGGUAAAGUUUUCAGCUGAUCAUCGAUUCAUUUUAUGUUGGGGUGCAAUAGUCGUAAUUCAACCCCGCUUUUUUUGCCUGAAGGUUGUAAGGGAAACAAAAAACACAUUUUCUUUAACUGAUGUGUCUUAUGAUUACGAGAAUUUUGAAUCUUUUAAUGAUUGUGGGUUUUUAUUUGGCGAU